AGGUCUCAAACUCUCAAAUCUCAAUUCUCGUCUGAAUUUGAAAAUUGGAUCUGCACGCAGCGUCGCAGCCGCUUCACGCACACCUCAAUUCCUCCGCCGCCGCUGCUCGCCUCCGCCGCCUCGCUGCUGAUUGUUGUCGCGCUCUCCGGAAUUCGCUGCUCUCCGCCGCUCCGGGAGUUCCUGCCCUCUCCGCCGCACGCCGCCGCGCCGGGAGUUCCUACGCUCUCCGCCGCACGCCGCCGCCGCGCCGCGAAGCUGCUCCUGCACUCCUCAAGUUGGAUGCAAUGGAUGAGGAUUUUGUGGCAGUACUAAACCAGGAAUGGCAUAGAACAGAUUUGAAAGCACUAACAAAGAAAAUUCGGGAGCAUGAAUCUACAAUGAGGCUCAAGCGCAGGUGGUUGAUGGAUCUACCUUUGUCCAAACAGGAACAAAAGAGGAUUGAGGAAUUACUGCCUCCCAAUGAUAUGAUAUUGCCCGAGUCUUUCCUUAGAGAAGAUGAUGUUGGCCAUGAGGACAUCAGGACUUGUAUUGAGAAGGCAUUUGGAGCUCCUAACAGCCAAGAGGAUCCUAUUUCUGAGAUGCCAUUUGGAGCUUCUAACAGCCAAGAAGAGCCUAUUUGUGAUCGAGCUGAUGUAACAGUAUUUAAUUCAAGUGAUAGUUUUCAAGAGGUAUCUUUCCUCUUGGAUGCUAUGACUAAUAAAGGCAUAUGUUCCUUUGUUAGGAUACUUACUGGGGGAUUGGAUAUAUUCGAUAAGACGAAAUGGGGUAUGAUGAGAACGAUCAAAGAAUUGCUUCCAAAGGUUAUUGCUGACAAAAAUGAAGUUUCCAGAACGAAGCUGAAAAGAUGUUCACUAAUAUUGAGAGACCCGACUAAUUUUUGGGGAAAUGAGACCAUGCGCUUUACUGCUUCUGAAUCCUAUUGUGCAGCUGCGUUCAAGGUACUUGAAAGGCUGGAGGACUUCUCUUCUAGAACAAUACAUGCAAUGCUGAGGAAGCUGAAAAGUGUUAAAGGGUACAUCCCUUCUUUGCAAACCCCAAGAAUUCGGCAUCUAGGUAGGUUGAUCAAGGCAGUGAGGAAAAAUUGCACGGCGAUGCUAUCAGACAUUGGUGGAGCGAAUGAACCUGCAGAAGAAUUGUCUGGGGCAUUAGAAGUUGCAAGCUUAACUUUGAAGUUAAUAAUGAAUUGUCCAGGUGUGAGAGACUUCAGGAGAUUUUCACCAGAGGUGGUAGCGUUGCAAAAUGAUAUAGCUAAAGCUAUUCACUUAUUAAAUGAACCAAAGAAAGUGCGCAUGAUCGAAUUGGAAAAAGUGCAGCUUUUGUUGGAUCCUAAUAUUGUGUUACCUGCAAAAGGUCUGCGUAAGGCAGUACAGAAUUUAUUGAUUGAUUACCUUUACGAGUGCAGUGAUAUGGAGAAUGUCCCCAACAUUUUGAUAGAAACUCUUGACAUUAUCAAUAGAAGAGCUCAACUUGGGUCUCGCAAAAAGAGUUCCUCUAAAGGUUUUUCAUCUAAGGAGUUGAUGAAAGAGGAAAUAGAAAAGGAGAUGCAACAUCUCCUAAAUAUCAGUGCUCAAGCCAAAGAAGUUGUAGUGAACUUGCUUCCAGAACAUGAAUUUGAUGAAGAAUUUGCUCGUGCAUACAUGGAAGAUAUUGAUGGAAGCGGUGCUCAUUGUUUUUUUGACAAUGAUCUGCAAAUAGAGGAUAGUUCUCAGCAUUUUAAAUUUCAUUCUUAUAGUUCAUAUGACCAUACAGAAAGUAUUGGGGAGACAAACCCAGUGGAGUUAAAUUCACCUGUUCCAAGAAGUAAAAGAAAUACCUGUUUACCCCCCUCUCCGAAUGGGGGAUCGGAUAUGACUCCAGAGGCGAUGCAUCUGCAUUCCCCAGCCUACGAGGACUCAAAAUUGCAAAAUAGCCAAUGCUUGGGGAAAGAGUACCCAUUGGGAUUUAAAGCAGAUGAAUUCGAACCUGCUUGCUCUGAUUCCAUGAAAGUGACAACUGAACCUACAACAGCGAAAACUAGAUUUUCUGACAUCAAAGUAGAGGAAACAGAUAUUGUUGAUCAGCAAAGCAGGUCAAUUAAUGGAUACCUUGAGCUGCAAGAAGCUUGUGAUGCUACUAGUAUGGUAGCCUAUCGGUUUGUGGGUUUCAUGCUGGACACAUUAGCAAAGACUGAAAAUUUAGAGCUGGACCAAGGUGAUAGAUUAUAUCUACAUAGCCAUGCUUCAUUCGUCGAAGAUACUGAAGAAUUUUCAGACGUGUUGGUGUCCAAGUUCUCUGAAAUGUGGAAAAAUGUGCUUGAGCACUAGGCUCUGCAAAGUCUGCCAAUCACAUAAUUGUCUUGUCUACCAAUGAUGAUACCAAGGCAUACAUUUCAAAGUACUCAAAUGACCAGCCAGUCGCCCAAGAUGCUGCGUUCAUCUUAUUUUCCGCAAAUUCUUACAUAAAAUGUCGAUUGGAAAGUAAAGUUUGUGAUCGUUUGCAGGAUCAUGCUCUAACAUGGAAAGAGUGAAGUAACGAUCCUGGGAAUUUGUUACAAAAAUGGUCUUUUGCAAGAACCAUGGUACAGCGAUCAAACCUUUGUCUAUUGAUCAUGUUACAUACUAGCCGCCGACUGAUCUAUAGGAAAUCGAUUUAAUUCAUGUAUGAUGGAGCACACAUCGCCAAGUUCUUGCAGGGAAAGAAUUCAAUCGCACGUAUGAGCCUUAAAUUUCAUAUGAUGAUUUGGUGUUCAUUAGAUGUACAUAGAGCGCUGAUUGAUAUAGAUUUCAUAUGAUGAUUUGGUGUCAUUAGAUGUAUAUAGGGCUUUGAUUGAGAUUGUUGGCUUGUGAGACAGUUUGCCACAUAAAAUUGUGUUCAUGUUAAUAGUUUGUUCAAUACUAUGAGAUAUGCAAGACACCUUUUUCCUUA